CGACACUGUCUCCUUGACACUUGACGCAAUACGAUUAUUCCCAAAAGAAACUCUCACACGAGUCUACCUCUCCCUACGGAUCCUUGAAGUUACUCGUCUGGAACGAAUAGCCUCAGUUCCCAACCAUGCUCUUCACACAAGCUCUCGUCGCCACUGGCGGCUUCGCCGUGCUUUCACAAGCUCAUAUGCUGAUGAACACUCCGAAGCCAUUCGCAUCCCCACAGCUGCUGAAUGGACCUCUGGACCCAAGUGGCAACAACUUUCCUUGCCAGGCCGGCUCCGGGGCUGUCUACUCCGGCACUCCCAGCUCCAUGGCUUUGGGCUCGAGUCAGCCCUUGGCCUUCACUGGCUCGGCAGUCCACGGAGGAGGCUCGUGCCAGGUUUCCAUCACCUACGACACCAACCCAACCAAGGAAAGUGUGUGGAAGGUUAUCCAUUCCAUUGAAGGUGGCUGCCCUGCGAAGAAUACUCCUGGAAACCUGCCUGAAAACGCCAAUCUCGCUGAUCCAUUCGAUUAUUCUUUCCCCAUUCCCGACAAUAUCCCAACCGGCAACGCCACCAUUGCUUGGACCUGGUUCAACAGAGUUGGCAACCGCGAGUUUUAUAUGAACUGCGCGCCCGUCGUCCUCACUGGCAACGGCGGCUCUAAGUCCAACUGGGAGUCGCUGCCAAACAUGCUCGUGGCUAACAUCCCUUCCAUCAACACCUGCAAGACGGUGGAAAACCACGAUUACAAGUUCCCCAAUCCCGGAAAAUCGGUCGAUGUUUUCGGCUCGGAUUUUGAUAAUGGUUUCACAGGAGACUGCGGGGGCUCUACCACUGGUGGCGGUUCCGGUGGCGGCUCCAACGGUGGCUCCGGCGGUGGCUCUGGAUCGUCUCCCUCACCAUCCACCACUGCUCCGGCUGCUGCUCCCACUAAUGCUCCUGGUGGAGGUGGAGGUGGAGGUGGAAUCUUUAUCACAGCCCCGGUUCCUGAUUCUCCCACCACUUCUGCUCCUGCUCCUCCUGCUCAAACCGGCGGCGGCUCUUCCGGUGGUGGAUCCGGCUCUGGCUCUGGCUCUGGCUCUGGCUCUGGCUCUGGCUCUGGUGGCUCUGGCUCCGGUGGCUCGGGCAGCUCCGGUGCUGGAUCUGCUUGCAGCACUGAUGGCAUGUGGAACUGUGUUGAUGGAAAGUCAUACCAGCAGUGCGCUGCCGGCGUCUGGACGCCCGUCAUGCCACUUGCUGCUGGCACCGUUUGCGAUGUCGGCCAGUCUACUUCUCUCAACAUCAAGGCUGCCGGCAAGAAGAUGAGGCGCCUUGCCGUUCGUUUCCGGGGUUAA